GUGCUGUGGAUGCCUCGACACGCGUGCAGUCAGUGAAAAAGACGCUUUCGCUCCUUCUAGAGGAGCGCACAGCUUGGCAAGGAAUCCAGUGGAUGGAGAGGAAAAGAAACAAGUGAUCGGGUUGUAGCACUUUCAGAUGAGUUCUUUCUACCUCCUUUAAUAUGUUGACAUAGAUAGCAGAUUUUUGUGAGGCAGUUUGGGGACAGUUUUUUAGGACAAACUGUCUGCAAGGGGCAAGAGAGGCGGCCAGUCUGAGCCCAUAAUGCGGACACAUCAAGUCUCAGUAGUUUCUCGUUAUGAACGCAACGCAGCGGACCUCGAGAAGCUGCUUUCAUGGAUUCACUAACUGAUUGAUUGCGUUUGAUUCCUUUUAAUUUUUUUUUCCAAUCUAAGGGAAUUUUUCCGACUUGUUCAGUAAAGAAGAAGCAAAGGAUUGUGGAAUUGUAUCUUCUUGGACGUUGAGGAUUUUUCUUUCUGUUGGGGGAUGUGUAUUGGGAUAAAUUAGGAUAUUUAUUCUUAUGUUGUCCUGAGUUAGACUUUUUCCAAGAAUCUGGAAAGAGGAAUUAACCUUUCAAGAUCUGGAGGUAUUAGUCUAAUUGGAGCCUUUAUCAUUUCAACAUGAAGUCUGACACACUGUGGAUGUGCGUCUGCAUUUUUCUUGUGCUCUUAGGUUCCUUGGAAGGCUCUUCAGCUUUGUUAGACCCCUUGGCCAAUGACUCCCAAGGAUCUCCAAGCACCAGGUCUACACGCGAGGCUCAGUCACAGUGGGUAGACUGCAUCCAGGCUAGUGAAAUGUGCAGCCAGGAUGCUCGCUGCAGCCCUCGAUACCGGGUGAUGCGCCAGUGCCUAGUGGGCAAGGAAAAGGAUGCCAUGCUGGAUAACAACCGGGACUGCAAAGCUGCCCUGGAAGUUCUUCAUAAUAGCUCUCUUUAUGACUGCCGCUGCAAGAGGGCCAUGAAGAACGAGCUGCAGUGCCUACAGAACUACUGGACCAUCCACAUGGGACUCAAUGAAGGUGGAGAUAUGGAGGACUCUUCUCCGUAUGAACCUGUAGCCCCCAACCGGCAACCUGAUGUGUUUGGCUUGGCUUCGAUCUCUUCAGGGACACACACAUUGACCCCCAAACCCUUCCAGUGUCCUGAAACGGAGAAAGUUUGCAACCCUUGCCUUGACGCAACUAAAGCUUGCAACCUCAACAGCGUCUGCAAAAGGUACCGUAGCAGCUAUAUCACUACCUGCCGCAAGGAGGACACCAACAAAGGCGAGAGCUGCAACAAGAAGCGCUGCCACAAGACUCUGAGGGCCUUCCUGGACCGUGUGCCCCCAGGGCUCAGCCACCGGCUGAUCUUCUGUCCUUGCCAGUCUGAGGGCUGUGCCGAGAGACGCAGGCAGACAAUAGUUCCUGAUUGCUCUUAUAUAGAUAAGGAGAAGCCCAACUGUUUGGAGCUACGGAGGGUCUGUCGCGCUGAUUCACUCUGCAGGUCUAGACUGGCUGACUACAUAACAAACUGCUGGAUGACUCAAAACACUGUGGGAACCUGUCCCAACCAAGACAAUCACCAGGCUUGUUUGAGCUCUUAUGCAAGGCUCAUCGGGACUGAAAUGACCCCCAACUAUGUCGACAACAGCUUCACCAACUGGACCAUCUCUCCGUGGUGUAACUGCAUAGGCAGUGGAAACCAUGAAGAAGAAUGUCUGAACUUCCAGCGGUACUUCACUGACAACACAUGCCUAAGAAAUGCUAUUCAGGCUUAUGGUUAUGGGAUGGACGACACACCGAUCAAAAAUGUGACUGUCUCUGAGCCCUCAGUAACAUCGAAAGCAAGAAGCGAGUGGAUGGAAGGGAUCCCUGAAAAUCCUAACCCUAACCCUUCCUCUUUCCCUCCAAUUAGUAAAGAAAGGAACAGUGGCCUGGCCCUUGGAGAGGAUCGCUAUCCCUGUCUGCAUGCCAACGUCUUGGCUCUGCUUCCCAGCCCGGCUUUGGCUCUGAUUCUGGCUCGGCAAGUCUUGUAGAACCGCCAGGAGGAGGGAAAAAGAGGUCAUGCAUCCACAAGCUGAUCCCAAAAGCAGAACGUGUCAUUUCUGAGACUCUAAAAAAGAAGGCAAAAUCUCUGGUGACAGUUGAUGCUGAAUGAAAUGUGUAAAAGCAGACAAGACAGGUGGAAAUUAUUAAAAUUGUACAACUGAGGUUCAUGUGAUGCAUUGGCUGCGGAAAAGCUUUUGUGAGAACCUUUGGAAAAAAAGGCCCGAAAGACCAUUCACUUACUGCCUCAUUAAAAACCCUGAAAGUGAAGCAGUUGCUAAGACUUCUUUACUUUCUCACUUAAAAAGGAAAAAAAAAAAAACAAUGAACAUCAUUACAAGAAGAAAGGCCUGACAGAAAAUGAAUUGUUGCAGAGAGAAACAAGAGGAGCAUGAGGUAUAUAUAAAAAGAACAAUGAAGAAUGAGACUUUUUUUGCCAUGUAUUGGGACUUGGGUUUAUCUUCAACUGAAAGACCAGAGCACAAAUUUAAGGGUGUGGAUGUAGGAUGAUUACAUUCUGUCUUUUCAGCUCUAGUGUAAACCUUACAGACUGUAAAGCUUUCUCAGUGUUCUAUGUGUUGGUAUAAUCUGUGACCAUAAUCAGUCUACCGUACCGAGCUUUCAUUUGGGUGCCGCAGUAUAAUCCUCACGCUGAUGGCAAAAAGAACAAAAGCUGGCAAUGUUAAAAGUUAAUGGUUCUGUGCUCAUUUAAGGUAAUGUUGUUGACUGUGGGUGUUCACCAUACGUCCACCUGCAAAUGUGUAUAAUCCAGUCUCUAUGUAUAUAAACAGCAUUUUCUUUCAUGUAACUUAAUGAUAUCUAGUAUUUUGAAAAUAAUAUUACUGUAUGCUAAGAUUGCUCAGUAUGGGUAUUGACGGAAGGCUUUCAUUAUCUGCAUUUAUAUUUGUCUAUUAAAGUUUAAUCACAAAUGUAUAAAGCGAUGAGAUUAAAUGAACUCAGUCUUUAAAAGCCA